GAGACUCCUGGGAGUUGUAGUCCGAUCCGCCGGCGCCGGCGCUGGCGCUGCUGCAGGCUCGGCGCCGGCCUUUGUCUGUCUGCGGGCGCGCGCCGCUCCGGUGCUCAGGAACAGCCCAUGGAAGAAUCAUAUGGAGAGGUGGUGACUGAGGUCAUAAGCAGAAGUGGACAUGUUUGGAUUUCCAACAGCUACCCUGCUGGACUGUCAUGGAAGAUAUGCCCAGAAUGUAGCAUUCUUCAGUGAAUGUGAUGACUGAAGCCCACCACAAAUAUGACCACUCUGAGGCUACAGGAUCCUCAAGCUGGGAUAUCCAAAAUUCUUUCAGAAGAGAGAAGCUGGAACAAAAAUCACCAGAUUCUAAGACACUACAGGAAGAUUCACCUGGAGUGAGACAAAGGGUCUAUGAUUGCCAGGAGUGUGGAAAAUCCUUCCGACAAAAAGGUAGUCUCACAUUACAUGAGAGAAUCCACACUGGUCAGAAGCCUUUUGAGUGCACCCACUGUGGAAAAAGCUUCAGGGCCAAAGGCAAUCUUGUUACACAUCAGCGAAUACACACGGGAGAGAAGCCUUAUCAGUGCAAAGAGUGUGGGAAAAGCUUCAGUCAACGAGGUAGUCUGGCUGUCCAUGAGAGACUCCAUACUGGACAGAAACCCUACGAGUGUGCUAUUUGUCAGAGAAGCUUCAGGAAUCAGAGUAACCUUGCUGUUCACAGGAGAGUUCACAGUGGUGAGAAGCCCUAUAGAUGUGAUCAGUGUGGAAAAGCCUUCAGUCAGAAAGGAAGCUUAAUUGUUCACAUCAGAGUCCACACGGGCCUGAAGCCCUAUGCCUGUACCCAGUGCAGGAAGAGUUUCCACACAAGGGGGAAUUGUAUUCUGCAUGGCAAAGUACACACAGGAGAGACACCCUAUCUGUGUGGUCAAUGUGGAAAAAGCUUCACCCAGAGAGGAAGUCUGGCCGUGCACCAGCGAAGCUGCUCACAAAGGCUCACCCUUUGACCGCUCUCUUGAAGAGAAAUUCUCUUUAUGAAUUAAGAAUACAAAAUCCACUGAGAUUAAACAAUCUACCUAGUUCUAUGGAAUGAAUGGAGAAACUUUCAGAAAGACCAUGACUGGGUAGGGCAAAUUGACUUUUCUCCUUUCCCCCAAAAGAUUAUGAAAAAUAAAUGUCUUGUUUAUUAUCAUUAU